UCCGCACGCAGCCUAAUUUCACCCAUUCUUGCCCCUUUUAUUUCGACACACUUUACAUGUCUUUACGAGCACUCCUAGCACGAAGCCUGCGAGCACCCACCCAUACCGUGCGUCCAUGCAUCUGCCUCAGUCCGCUCCGCCGCCUACAGACUCCACACCAGCGCCGGUCGCCGCACCCAGACCGCUGUGAUGACUACGGCUGUGCGCCCGCCGCUUGAGAUCCGUAUGUCGGAUAUACCGCCCGAAGGAGCCGACCAGGAUGAUAGAGAUUAAGCCGUACCCGUACUAUGUCGCGUAUACAGAGGAAGGCACAGUACGGGUUGACGUGCGCAAGAGCCCCCAGCUCAUCGGACAGACCACGAGCCGUGGCACCAGAGGAUAUAACCAGGAUAGGGCCGAGUAUAGACCGCUGCGGAUCCCCGGGAUGGUGGCAGACCGCAAAGAUAAAACCAGCGCUCAGAUUAUGUACCUGGGCGUCUACGACGGACAUGGUGGAGAGUCGUGCGCCGAGUACCUAAAGCAGGUUCUGCAUAGCCACAUCGAGAACGUAACGACAGCCGACCUGGCCUCUGUUGUGAACAAUAUGCGCAACUACGGCAAGGACUGGCAGACAUACACGCCCUCGGCGCUGCAGGGGCUAGAGAGCGCCCUGCACCGCCGCCAGAUGCCGAGCUUUCUGACCAUCGAGGAGCGCAUCACGCUGGCAUUCCUCAAAUCCGACAACGACAUAAAGAACCUGCGGUGGAGCGACAACCAGGGCUCGACCGCCUGCACCGUGCUUUUGUGGGACUCCGAGGGUCUGCCGUUCUGGUCGCACGACAGCCAGCUGAACCUGGUUGUAUCGAGCGUCGGUGACUCCAAGGCCAUUCUCUGCAACGUCGACGAGCAUGGCGGAUUGGCCACAGCAUUAAACACACUGCACCACCCGGGCGUGCGGGAAGAGCGCGAGAGACUGCAGCGCCAUGGCGCAUUCUUCUCGCGUGACUCGUUUGGCGAGGAGCGGGCGAUGGCGAGGGUUGCCAAUACGCGGGCGUUUGGCGACUGGCAGGUGAAGCGGUUCGGCGUCAUUGCCGAGCCCGAGAUCCGCCAUUAUGAGGUCCAGGGCGACGAGGCCGCGUUCCUGAUUGUGGUUUCCGACGGGCUUACUGGCGUUCUGACGGACCAGGAGAUGGUCGACAUCGUCAAGGGAUGCAGCGACCCGGACCGGGCAGCAAAGAAGCUGGUGGACACGGCAGAGCGGCUCGGCUCUGACGACAAUAUGACUGCGCAGGUGCUGCGUCUGCCGGGCUGGGAGCAGCCCAUGAAGGACAUCACAGCCGAGCACCGCAAGCAGCGGCUCGAGAGCAUCGACCAGGUGAAGAACCUGCGCGGCUCCAUGCUGGUGGGUCCGCACGGCGGCAGCUCGUCGAUGCAAGAGUCCCUGCAUGGAGCACCAAGUGUACGUCUGGCCAAGCCCGAGCGCCUGCUGAAGCGCAUCUUCACCACGCACCAGCGCCCGAAACGCGAUACAUCCACAGGUGCCCAGGGGCUCCAGCUCACGGUGGCUCAGAUCCAGCAGCGGGUGCGCGCGUCCGGGCACCGCCUCACGCUUGGUUGCUGAGCCUGACGAGCUCGAGCUGGAC